AUGAUUGACAAUGCCCGAUUUAAUACGACAAGCUGGGUUCCCACUAGACUUCUUCUUCCCCUCACCUGGAUUCUUAGUCUUAUUCUAGUUCUACCAUAUCUCAAGUUCAUAUCCUUCCUUUCUUUAGAUAGUCUGGGACUAGCAUUUAAAGGAGGUCAGAUGUGCGCCGUGAACAUGGAGAACAACGUGGCCCCCUAUAUGCGAGGGAUGUUUGUUGUUUUGUUCCUGGUCCCCGUUGUUCUAUCUCUGGGCUUAAUGUGGACAGUUUGGGACAAUCUUACUCAUAUUCAAACAGAACUCUCAGGAGUUGGGUUACAGGAUAUACAAGACAAUGAAGGAUCUCUUUCUCUCAGGAGUGAAUUCUCAAUGAGAACCGGGAACAGAAGUCAGGAGCUGCUACAAAGCCUGGAUAUCCACAAGGAGAAAAGAGCGCAGAAGUUUUUAGUGUUAAUCCUCUCUUCACACUUCCUGUGUGUUCUUCCAAUCAACGUUCUCAAGCUGGUGCGGUAUUCUGUGGUUGAAACUUAUGAAAAUGAAUCUGCAUAUGAUCUGGCCUACGGUAUUCUCGUCUUCAUAACUUUCCUACCAACCCUUAUCCUACCAUUCUUCUACUCACGCUGGAUACUUAUAGGGAGCUUAUGGAGCGAACUGUUGAAGCUUGGAGCCGGGUUCACAACACCUCCACAACAAAAUGUGUUCUUGGAGCAAGAC